AUGUUUUCCAUGAGACAGACCUCUCCUAUCUCCCCUUGUCAACCAAAAUUCACCGCACGGGGGAGUUUAGACAGCCUCACCCCCUCAUUUCGCCCCAUAUCUCGUGGAUCCCAAGCAAGCAUUCCCCAGUCCCUCCAUGGGCACCACCCCACAAAGAUAUAUUAUCCUCCAGAAUCCUCCAACGGCAAGAAUGGCGGACGAACCGCAGGGUCUGAAAGGGGAUCUGGCAACGGCAACGGCAACAACGGCGGCGGUGGUGCCCCGUCACGGGGUGGUACCGGAGGACAAGGGGGUUCUGGUCGCGGAGGAGGCUCCAAUGAAGGAGGCGACUCCGGAAGCGAUAACAAUCAUGGAGCUGGAAACGAUGACGAUAGUGAAGCGAGCAGCUCCCAAAGUGGGGGGACUGAUGAAGAUGAUAGGGAAGCCAACGAUGGAAACGACCAACCAGGAAAGCGAAAGUCCAGACCUUCACCUUGGGAGGAUGAGAUACAUGUCAAUGGCCAGCACGUUUCAACACCGUCCCAUACCGGGGAUGCAGAGAAGAGCGGAGGCCGCUACAUGGCUCCUACCAAGCACGCAUUCAAGAGGAUGUCGGGGAAGACGGCAGCUUGGAUUGCUAAGGGGAAGGCGAAGGUCAAUGGUCACAUUUGA